AGGAGGAGUUAUAAUGCCUGAGCCCGCGAAGUCGGCGCCGGUGCCCAAGAAGGGCUCCAAGAAGGCCAUCACCAAGACCCAGAAGAAGGGCGACAAGAAGCGCAAGAAGAGCCGCAAAGAGAGUUACUCCAUCUACGUCUAUAAGGUGCUGAAGCAGGUCCACCCGGACACCGGCAUCUCCUCAAAGGCCAUGAGCAUCAUGAACUCCUUCGUCAACGACAUCUUCGAGCGCAUCGCUGGAGAGGCCUCCCGCUUGGCCCAUUACAACAAGCGCUCCACCAUCACCUCCAGGGAGAUCCAGACCGCAGUCAGGCUGCUUUUGCCGGGAGAAUUGGCCAAACACGCCGUCUCUGAGGGCACCAAGGCCGUCACCAAGUACACCAGCUCCAAGUGAAAGGGAUCCGCUUCCCAAACAGACCCAAAGGCUCUUUUCAGAGCCACCCACUUUGCCCAUAGGAAAGGCUGGCGUCACUUAUGCCUCUAAAAUGGCUCCAGGGGAUGGGGGCAAAUUGAUACUGGAAUUA